AAUAAAAAAUGGCCGAAACCGCUUCAAAGAAUUAAUCUUCUUCAAGAAAUGGAGAUAUGUAAAAUCGUUCAGAAAAGACAAACGAUAUUCGUCAAACUAAUAUAUAAGCAGCUAAAGCUGUAGCAAAUGUAAUCAGAACAAGCUUAGGUCCCAAAGGUAUGGACAAGAUGAUAUAAGACGCAAAAGGAAGAGUCUUAAUCACAAAUGACGGUGCAACAAUUCUCAAACAAAUGGACGUUAUUCAUCCUACUGCUAAAAUGCUUGUCGAAAUUUCCAAAGCUCAAGAUAUAGAAGCUGGAGAUGGCACAACUUCUGUAGUUGUAAUUGCUGGAGCUUUAUUGAAUGCUUGUGAGGGUUUAUUAGAAAAGGGAAUACACCCAACUACUAUAUCUGAAGGUUUCUAAAUUGCUUUAGACCAAGCCUUACAGGUAAUCAAGGGAAUGUAAAAAACAGUCGACUUAAAGGACCGUGAAUCAUUAAUAACAUGUGUUAACACAGCUUUAUCUUCUAAAAUUAUUUCUGGUAAUUCCGCUUAAUUAAGUCCUAUUGCAGUUGAUGCAGUUCUUAAAAUAAUUGACCCAUCAAAAGAUACAAAUGCUGACCUUAGAGAUAUAAAAUUAGUAAAAAAACUAGGAGGAACAAUAGAAGAUACCGAACUUAUUGAAGGUUUAGUUUUUACAAACUAAAAACCGUCAUAAUCAGCAGGAGGCCCCACUAGAAUAAAAGAUGCUAAAAUAGCACUAUUAUAAUUCUGCUUAAGUGCUCCAAAAACAGACGUAGAAAAUUCUAUUGUAGUAAAAGAUUAUACUGCAAUGGAUAGAAUUCUUAAAGAAGAAAGAAAAUAUAUAGCGAAUCUAGUAUCCAAAAUCGUAAAAUCAGGUGCUAAUGUACUUUUAAUCUAAAAAAGUAUAUUAAGAGAUUCUACAAAUGACCUUUCUUUACAUUUCUUAGCAAAAAAAGGAAUUAUGGUUGUUAAAGAUAUUGAAAGAGAAGAUGUUGAAUUUAUAACAAAAACUAUUGGAUGCAUACCAGUUGCCCAUAUAGAUCAUCUUACAGAUAAUAAAUUGGGAAGAGCAAAUCUUUGUGAAGAUGUUAAAUUAGAAGAUGAUUCUAGAUUAUUAAAAAUUACGGGAGUUUAAGCUAAAGCUAAUACUGUAACUAUUUUAGUUCGUGGAUCAAAUACAUUAGUUAUUGACGAAGCUGAAAGAAGUUUACAUGAUGCUCUUUGCGUAGUUAGAGCAUUAGUUAAAAACAGAGGAUUAAUUCCUGGAGGAGGCGCACCUGAAGUUGAAAUUUCUUAAUAGUUAGCUGUUGCUUCUAGAUAAAUGAAAGGUGUAAACUAGAGAAUUGUUAAAGCUUUUGCUGAUGCUUUAGAGGUUAUUCCCUAUACUUUGGCUGAAAAUGCAGGUUUAAAUCCAAUUAAUGUUGUUACUGAAUUGAGAAAUAAACACGCUUUAGGUUACAAAUAUGCAGGUAUUUCAAUUAAGAAAGGACAUAUUAAUGAUGACAUUGUUACUGAAAAUGUACUAUAACCUGCUUUGGUAACUAUAUCAGCUCUUACUUUAGCUACUGAAUGUGUCAGAAUGAUUCUUAAAAUUGAUGAUUUGGUAUUUUCUGCUAGAUGAAGAAUAUUUCUAAUAAUUUAAAACUUUUAUAUUUUUUUUUUAUAUUUAAAGUUUAAAUAAAUAUUAAUUAGUUCAUUUUAUUAAAUAAAAAAAAUAUAACAUUUUUAAAAAAUU